UUUGGUUUCUAUAGAAGUCAUUUAACGUUAAUAAACUUAGCACUUGAUGAUUAAAAUACAAAAAAGUAUUUUAAUUUAACUUAUUACCUAUUGUCUUUAUCGUAUAAUUUAAUUCUAUAAUCUAUUUUAAUUAGACAGAUUCGUAGCAAGAAGAGAAACAAACUUAAGCAUAAGAAAAUGAAAGAUCUUGUAUUUGUUAAGUGUAAUCAAGCUUUUAAAGCUCGAUAUAAUAGCAAGGAUGAAAUUUAUCCAAUCUCCCUUGACUAUAUUGAUGAUAGUAAUGAAUGGUUGAUUGGAAAAAUGGGUGGUGACCAAGAUGAUGCUGAAAAUGAACUUGUUUUUGGUGAUAAUGACUUGACUUGGGGAAAGGUAGCUAGAGCUUCUGGUGCUGAAAAGCUUAGAAAAUAUACUAGAAGAAUUUGUGGUAGACAAUCAGCACUAAAACCUUCAAGUUCUAAAGGAAAAGCUGUUGUACAAGAAAUUGAAGAAGAAAAGGCUGAUACUAAGGAAUCAGAGGAAGAGAUUGAGGAUUAUCACUCAAGUGAUGGAGAUGACAGCAAUGAUGAUGAUGAAAUGAAUGUAGUUAAUGAGGAUGACAUGGAUGCAGAUGAUUUAUCUUAGAUUUUGGAAUGAUAUUAUGCUGUUUUUGACUUUCUACACUAUAUUAAUUUCUUGACUAUUAUGCUUACAUGUACUGCUAGUUUUCUGUUUUGAUAAUUGAUGUUAUGAACUUUAAAAUUUGUUCUAUUAAUAUAUCAUGUUUUGAGCA